AUGAUUGAUUCUGAUUCAAAUGAUGAUAACAGCAAGAAUAAUUCAGAUGGUUCAAGAGGGCAUAAACUUACUAGUAAAAGACGUGCUAGUUCAGUUGAUUCAUUCACGCCUCAAGCUGCAAGCCCUAUAUCUCCUGUAAAAACGCUUGAUACAAAAAUAAUUCAAGAUCUUUUAGUUUCUUCUGCUUUAAAUGUUGCCGACUCUGCUAAAAUGCCUUCAGAUUCUACUCAUCAUCCUCCUUUAAAUAUUAAAUUACUUGGUGAUAAUUUUAGAAAAUUUGUUCAAAAAUGUGGGUUUAUUUUCGCUAUUCAAGAUUUUGCUGAAGAUAUAUUUAUGUGGAAAAAUCCAUCAGAUACAUUAUUGGCAAUGGUUAUUUACGUUUAUAUAUGUUUGUAUCCGCAACUGCUAAUUCUCGUUCCAUUAAUAGCUUUCCUUGCAAUUCUUAUUUACAAUUUUCCUAAAGAUUCACAAACCAAGAAAAAAAAUCGUAUAUUUGAACAAUUUAGUCGGUUAAAUAAUUACCUUCCAGCAGAAAAUUCAGUUGAUUAUUUGAAAAAUAUGCAAAAUAUUCAAAAUUUAAUGGGUUUAAUUUCAGAUGGUUACGAUGUAGCGAUUGAUCUUCUUAAGCACUUUGAUUGGAGUAACGAAAGUGAAGCAUUAUUGAUAACACAAGUUGUAAUAGUUAUUUUGGCUUUUACUAGUUUGAUAGUAUGGAUCGUACCUUGGAAAUAUGUGUUUAUUACUGGAGGAUUGGGAGUUUUUAUUGCUAAUACACAAUUUAUGAAAGCAUUAAUUAAGGAAAUGAGUCCUUUUAUCAUGCAAAACGCUAAAACUUUUACAAAGCAAUGGGAAAAUUAUUUUAAUUCAGAUGAUUCAGAAAAUAGUGGAAAUGAUGGUGAGACUGAUUCUUCAAUUGAAAAUAAUUGGAUUAAUCUAAGUCAGGAUGAAAUUGAUACUGGUGUUGGAAGUUCUUCAAAAACUUAA